GCCUUCUACUUCUUCAUUUUCUCUACUCGUCACUCAGUUACUUGAGUAGCAGACAAAGUAAUACUGAUACUAGUCCAUGGAGGACAAGAAGAAGCCAUCAAUUUCGUCGCCUGCUACCAAGUUCUUUAUUGUUUUGUUAUUCAUCUUCUUUUUGGAUAUUCAUGGUGGCGGCCAUUAUAGUUUCCAUGCAUCUGCCAGAAAACUGUCAAAUGUGGAGGAGGAAAACAGAAGUGUAGUAGACAUUAGUAAUAAUGAAAAUUCAGCCACCAGCGGCAGCAGGAGGAGUCUGCUCUCCAAUGGCCUCGCCAUAACUCCUGCAAUGGGGUGGAAUAGCUGGAAUCACUUUGCCUGCAACGUUAGCGAGAAACUUAUCAAAGAAACGGCUGAUGCACUGGUUUCAACUGGCCUGUCCAAGCUUGGUUAUCAAUAUGUGAACAUAGAUGAUUGCUGGGCAGAAAUUAACCGUGAUGACAAGGGAAAUCUAGUGCCUAAGAAGUCUACAUUUCCUUCGGGCAUGAAAGCCCUUGCAGACUAUAUCCACAGCAAGGGACUCAAGUUGGGAAUCUACUCGGAUGCAGGGUAUUAUACUUGUAGCAAGCAAAUGCCAGGUUCUCUUGGUUACGAGGAAAAAGAUGCAAAGACCUUUGCAUCAUGGGGUAUAGAUUAUCUCAAGUAUGAUAACUGCAACAAUGAUGGCUCGAAGCCAGUCGAGAGAAAUCUUGAUUGA